GGUUGGUGUCGGACAGACGUGGGUGAUUCUCCGUCGAUGAUCUUUCAAUGAAAUAGAAAUCGGAAAUAUGCAAAAAUGAAUUUAUCUAUCCUCUCGAUUAAGAGAGACGUAAUCGCGAAUGCUUCAAAGCAUAUGGCAUUGUAUGGAAAGCUACUGACCGAAAAACAGGGGAUGUUGUUGCUGUUAAAAAGAUAUUUGAUGCUUUUAGAAAUGAAACAGAUGCACAGAGAACAUUCCGGGAGAUUAUGUUUCUUAAAAAUUUCUGUGAUCAUCCAAAUGUCAUAAAAUUACAGAAAGUGAUAAAAGCUGAAAAUGAUCACGACAUCUACCUUGUAUUUGAAUUCAUGGACACAGAUCUUCAUAAUGUAAUUAAACGUGGAAAUAUUCUGAAAGAUGUUCACAAACGCUAUAUUAUGUAUCAGUUAUUUAAAGCAACCAAAUACUUACAUUCUGGCAAUGUUAUUCAUAGGGAUCAGAAGCCAUCGAAUAUUCUAUUAAAUAGUGAUUGCCUGGUAAAGCUAUGUGAUUUUGGCUUAGCAAGAUCUAUAUCUCAAAUUGGGAAAGAUGAGACAGGUGACCCAAAUUUAACAGAAUAUGUUGCAACUCGAUGGUAUCGUGCACCAGAAAUUCUCCUUGGAUCUCAUAAGUAUACAAAAGGUGUUGACAUGUGGAGCCUUGGUUGUAUUUUAGGAGAAAUGUUAACUGGAAAGCCACUGUUCCCAGGGUCCUCUACAAUUAAUCAAAUUGAAGUGAUAAUGUCAACCAUUCAGCCACCUAAGCAAGAAGAUAUUGACAGUCUCAAAUCUAUGUAUGGUGCAUCUAUUUUAGAGAAAGCUCAAUUAAGACCAAAGAAAAAUUUAUCAGAAAUAUUAAAGGACAUACCACUUGAAGCUGUAGAUUUGGUGAUGAAACUACUACAUUUCAAUCCUGACAAAAGAAUCACAGUAGAUGAAGGCUUACAACAUCCAUAUGUUGCCCGGUUCCGGAAACCUCUAGAAGAGAUUAGUUUUGAUAGUGACAUUGUAACUUGCUUCAGUGAUGAAAUCCAGCUCUCCGUUGAAGAUUACAAAAAGAAGUUAUAUGAGAUGAUUGUUGAGAAAAAUUUUUGGCAAACAAAACACCACGAUAAAAUUGACAGCAUGAGGCUACAAAAAGAAAGAACGUUUUAUAAAGAAAACAGAAAGCAGCUCUCUCCAUUAACAGCUGUAGGUUGUCCAUAUACUGCAGGACCUGAUGGUUGUAGGGAUUCUUUACUCUCCGCAAGUAAAGCACGUCUCUCUGAAAAGGCAAAGACACAUGCUCAAACGUCAGAUGACACACAAAAUACAACUCCCCAACAUUUACAAAACCAACUUAAACCUGUUUCUAGGUUUAAACUACUCGAGAAUUCCAGUCAUGCUGUUGAACCAAACAAACAAACUUUUGAUGCCGAAGCAGCUGCAGGCCACAACAUCUCAGCUCGCGUCGCAAACCAUCACAGAACCAGUUCUAUAACAGCAAUGAUUCAACCUUGUAAUCCCACAAUUACACGAGAUAAAACUUCACUUUGCAUCUCAUCUUCCCCUUUGAACAAUCCUCGACCAGAGUCAGCAAAAUGCGUUCCACCCAGGCCUGCAUAUGGUCGGCGUCAGUUUAACAAUAUAAUGAACAACUCUUCUGUUGGUGUAGCCAAGUAUACUUUCGGCAGUUAUUCUCAGGCAUAUGGGACAAUUACUGCAAGCGGCCUAGCUGCUUUGAAUAAGAAAAAAUAUUGAUGUUUAUUUUAUAUUUAUUCUACUUCAUUUUUGUUUGAGAAGCUUUGAAAGCAGAAUAUUUUAUUGAUUUCUCUAUACCAUUACAUUAUAUUCAGAAAAAAGAUAUCUUUUAAGACUGUAAUUAUAACUGUAAACAAUAAUCUUGUGUACUUGUACUCAAAACAUCUUGCAUUUUAUUUUGAAUUAAUAUUGAAUCAAGUUAUAU